AUGCAAAAGCCUUUUAAAUUUAUUCAUGUGUGGGAAGUUGUCAAAAGAAGCAAUAGGUGGAGGGAACUUGCAACAUAUGAAGAAAUUGCUAUUCCGCCAAAAAGAAGUCGGACAUCUUCAUAUUCGAGCUCGCAACAAGUCUCAUCGGAUGGUCACGUAGGCGUUAAUUUUAAUGAUGAUAACGACGACAUUAAAGAAAUACGCCCGCCUCCUCCUCCAAUGGGAAGGGACAAAACAAAAGCUCGAGCAAAAGGAAAAGGGAAAGCGACAUCUUCAAAUUCUCCCGUCGGAACCGAGCGGUCAGCUAGAUCAGAAAAAAUGAUGACACAAAUAGCAUAA